CUUUCACGCCACGACGCUGAAAGCCACUACGAUCGUCUGUGUCCGUAAGGAUGGGCACGUAUGCAUGAUGGGUGACGGUAUGGUCAGCCAAGGAUCGAUUCAGGUGAAACCCAACGCCGUCAAAAUUCGGAGAAUCCCGCACAAGGGCGACGAUAAAGAACACCAGGGUACCAUUGUCGGAUUUGCGGGUUCGACAGCGGAUGCCUUUACGCUUUUGGAGCGGCUGGAAAUGAAGCUUGAUGAAUAUCCGGGACAGCUCGCGCGGUCAUGUGUUGAAUUGGCCAAGGGGUGGCGGACGGACAAGUACCUCCGACGGCUCGAAGCGUCGUUGAUCGUGGCCGACGCAACCGUGAGCCUGGAACUGACUGGCAAUGGUGACGUUAUUGAAAGCCACGACGGUAUUUUGGGAGUCGGAAGUGGAAGUCCCUUUGCCAUUGCUGCUGCUCGUGCCUUGAUGGAUUCGUCUGAUCUUGACGCGGAAGCCGUGGCUCGGAAGGCAAUGAACAUUGCCGCAGAUAUGUGCAUUUACACAAACAAAGAGUUUCUUGUCGAGACUAUGGAGACGAAGGAAAAGGAGGAAGAAGUUUAAUUUAGGACUGAAAGUCACUUCUUC